CGUGUGCCCGGCCAGAGCCGGCAGAUGCGCCUGCGACGCCAUGGCCAGGCUGACGGGCGCCCGGCCCGGGGCCACCCGGCGCUGGGGCUGCGCCACCGCCUUCCUCCUCCUCCUCCUCCUCACCGUGCAAGCCGCCCAAAAAGGCGACCUUAGCGGGGACACCACGGCUGCCACCAUCAACCACUCGCUGACGCUGCUGCAGCGGCUGCAGGAGCUGCUGCAGAACGGGAACGGCAGCGACUCGGUGCUGCGGGUGCGCUCGGCCGCGUCCGAUGAGGCCAAGGUGUUCCACACGCACCAGCUGCUGCUCAGCCUUCAGAGCGAGGUGUUCGAGAGCCUCCUGCGCAACCAGAGCGUCGUCACCCUGCACGAGCCGCCCGAGACCGCCGCGCUCUUCGACAAGUUCAUCAGGUACCUGUACUGCGGAGGGGUGUCCAUCCUGCUGCACCAGGCCAUCCCCCUGCACCAGCUGGCCAGCAAGUACCGGGUCUGGGGGCUGCAGCGCGGCGUGGCCGAGUACAUGAGGAGCCACCUGGCCAGCGAGUCGAGCCAGGGCCACGUAGUGGGCUGGUACCACUACGCCGUGCGCGUCGGGGACGCGGCGCUGCAGGAGAGCUGCCUCCAGUUCCUGGCCUGGAACCUGUCGGCGGUGCUGGGCAGUGCCGAGUGGGGCUCGGUGAGUGUGGAGCUGCUGCUGCUGCUGCUGGAGCGCUCCGACCUGGUGCUGCACAGCGAGCUGGAGCUCUACACGGCCGUGGAGGGCUGGCUGAGCCGCCGGCAGCCCGAGGCGCCCGUGGCGGAGCGGGUGCUGCGUGCCAUCCGCUACCCCAUGAUCGCGCCCAGCCAGCUGUUCCGGCUGCAGGCGCAGUCGGCGGUGCUGGCGCGGCACCGCGGCGCGGUGCAGGACCUGCUCUUCCAGGCGUUCCAGUUCCACGCCGCCUCCCCGCUCCACUUCGCCAAGUACUUCGACGUCAACUGCAGCAUGUUCCUGCCCCGCAACUACCUCGCACCCAGCUGGGGCUCCCAGUGGGUCAUCACCAACCCGGCGCGGGAUGACCGCAGCACCAGCUUCCAGACGCAGCUGGGCCCCAGCAGCCACGACGCCGGCAAGAGGGUGACGUGGAACGUGCUGUUCUCGCCGCGCUGGCUGCCCGUCAGCCUGCGCCCCGUCUACUCGGACUCGGUGUCGGGCGCCAUCCAGCCCGUGCGCAUCGAGGACGGGCGCCCGCGGCUCGUCAUCACCCCGGCCAUGAGCAGCCCCGACUUCGCCGGCGUCACCUUCCAGAAGACGGUGCUGGUGGGCGUGCGGCAGCAGGGCCGGGUGCUGGUGAAACAUGCCUACAGCUUCCACCAGAGCUCGGACGAGGCGCCCGACUUCCUGGCGCACGCUGACCUGCAGAAACGCACCUCCGAGUACCUCAUCGACAACUCCCUGCACCUCCACAUCAUCGUCAAACCCGUGUACCACGCCCUCAUCAAGGUGAAGAAGUAACGAGGGACAGCUGGGCCCCAUGGGGC